UUGCUGAAUCGACGAACUAAUACCUCUGUCUGUAAGAUAAGGAACUGCAUCCAAAGACAUCUCCUCUUCCUCAGGAUAAAUCCUUUUCAGCUGUACCUCUGUACUGUCACCAGCUUACUAGCAUGACCUGCACUCUGUAAACAUCUGUAGCCAUGACCUUGAAAGUGGACCUCACUGCAGAGCCACAUCAACAAGACAAGAUGCACAGGCUUCCUGUGCCUGGCUGAAACUGUAACUGAGGCUACAAUUGGUUAAAGGUGAAUGGAGAUGAGAAAAAACACCAAAGCAGGGGUUCUGUUCUGGACCCCUGCCCCAGCCCGCACUUCACCUACCAGCUCUGUAAUGUCUGAGGAAGUGUGGGAGGAUGAGGAUAGAGAACAGGCAGAGGAUGACUUUGUCAACCAGAUGGAUGAGAAUGGUAUCAUUGGACUGUCAGAGACACUGGAAAAUGUGGAACUGGGGAGCACUUGUGUAGAUGCAGAAUAUAGUCCAGCCUGGUGUCCUAGAUGUCUGACCCCAGAGCAGGCAGGCUUCAGUGGGCAUAAGAGGGAUAAACCACCCGAGGAGCUCAGUUACAACUGGACUGAACAUCUGUCUGUAGAGGAUCUACAAAUAAUGUCACCAUGUAAUGAUAUGAUGGAUAGCUUAAAAUCACGGACAGUGAAUGAGGAGGUGAAGAGGAAGAAAGAGCACCUCCCUGAGAAUGACAAAUACUUGGACAUGACAGAGGAUGAGGAAGAUGGAGACGAAGUGAAGAGGAGUGACGGUAAAAGAAAUAAAAAUGAACAGAAGAGCACAUCAGGAGAGCUUGGAACUAUAACAGGCUUGGCUGAGAGCUGCAUGAGCAAAGGAGGGUAUAUAAAGAUCAACUCAACACAGUCUUGUGGUGCUCUCCUCCCACCUGUAGAACCUGCUGUAGUCUCCAUCCAUCAUCACCCAGUAUCCCAGUCUGUCUCAGGUGACCCCACUUUCCCCCACCUUCUCCACUUUACCCCUGAGGAACUAGCUGCUGCUCAGGGGAUUGAAGCUGAAACCUUUCCAGAGAUGGACUUCACAGAAAGUUUACCUGAAUCACACAGCAGUCACAUGAGCUGCAGGUCCAGUCCUCGUUGUCUACGAAAAUCUGAAAGUGAGGAGCUGGAGGGGCUCCAAGCAGCAGCCCCCUAUCCUGAACAAGUGAUGGAAAAUGGUUAUACUGGAGUCACUAAUGGGCCUUUAAAAGGAUCAAUCAAGUCAGAUAAGCAUCACAAGCAGCCGUCACUGAGGAAUCCAAAGCAGCCCUCUCCUGAAGCAACAUAUUCAAGGACUCAUUCCCACAGCACUAUCAAGCCAGAGUCCUUAAACUCCAGGCAAAGUCGUGACAGAGAGCCAGGGACACCCGGAGCCAGGACUAAGGCUGCUGGAAUGAAUGAAUCCAGCAAAGCGCCUCUCAGUUAUCGCACACCAGACUUCUCCAAGGUGGAGCCCAGGGUUCGUUUCCCCAAAGGUGGUUACAAGCCCCCCAAGAGCAAAUACUCUUCCAUAAUUUCCUGCGAGCCCCCUUUAGUUUAUAAAUCUCCUGCUGACAUUGUGAAAGAAGUCUUACUGGAUACCACUGAUGGCUCCCCUGCACCACCAGCCUGUAACAGCCCACCAGAUAGUGCCCCCAACUCCACUGUGCCUCAGGAGUUCAGAUGCCGGCAACAGGCUGCCACACUGCUCGAUCAGUUACAGGAGGACUACAAUAAACUGCUGACUAAGUACGCAGAGGCAGAGAACACCAUUGAUCGUCUGCGUCUGGAAGCCAAGGUGAACCUGUAUUCUGACUUUCCAAAGCCCAGCUCUGCAUCCUCAGCACUGAACUAUGAUGCUUCAAAGUUCAUGACGCUGAACUUCCCUCAGGUUCAGAAAGCAGAGACCAGCUCAGCUUCUCUUCAUUUGAACGAACACAGCGCUCCUCAGAGCCUUCAGCUGGGACAGGAGCUGGACAGGAUCCUCUACAGUCAGGCCGGCAGGCUCCUCCAGCAGCUGCAGACCUUUAGGGAUCUCUUACAAAGAGAAAAGCUCAAGCCUUUUGUACAAAUGAAGGGUCUCUCUCAGCUUGCUGAGGAGCUCGACUCUUUAGAAAGGGGUUACCUGUUAGCAAGAGACGCAAACAAACGCCUACAGAAGCAGCAAGGGGCGAAAUUUGGCCACUUUGACCCUGAACGGGAGCUGGAGGGGCUAAUCUACCAAUGUGGACUGCAUAUGGAUGAGCUGAGGGAGCAGGUGGAACAGAUGCAACAGGAGCAGCCCACCUGUGAGGGUCCUCCCUCUCCACCUCCUCACCCCAUCCAUUCAUCUGUCCCCACUGAGGAGGAAGAAACACUGACUCACACACAGAGCCCGCCUGUGCUGUUGCUGGUUGAUCCUGGAGGGGGAGCAAAGGUGGAUGUGAGCUUUGCCAGUGAAGAGAGUGACACAGCUGGGAUUGGCAGAUGCAGACAUGUUGAACAAGACUUUGCCAUGCCAGUGGAUCACUACCAAAGCUACAAGGAGCUUCCCAAAAUGCUUGACCAUAGACUGAGGGAAGGAGCUGUCCUUUCUGCUGCUUUAGGAACCAACGUGCAGCCUGGGGAUGAGGGGCAUAGGAGACGGGCUCAAGGAAGUGGAAACAUGGAAGUCCAGGAAAGUGUCUCACAGAGGAUUGUCAAAUUAAAACAUCAGGACUCCCUUCCUGCUCACAGCAGAAAGUUCAGUCCUACUUCACUCAGGGCCCCCAGCCAGUCCACCACGUUCCCUGUUCAUCCUCCCACUAGCUGCAGGAGCUUAGUGGUGGGGAAGUCCUACAGUAACAGCUUGAGCAGUCUAGGAGAGAUCACUGCAUCAGAGAGGAGGAACUCCAAACUGCUAACUGGAAGCAUGAGAGUGCUUUCUCAGGAUGGGAUAAUCUCUCCAGAGACAGACAGUGGGUUUGUUGGCUCAGAGAGCAGCCGCCUGACUCCUGCAGCAGUGUCCAGUCCCUUCCACCAGAGGGCCCCAGAGAGCAGUGUUUCAGUCCAUCAGGAGGGGAACACGGGGAAACCUCAGACAAGCCCAAUCUCAGUACCGUCUCGUCCUUCAUCACCGCCACACAGUUGCACGACUAAGGAGCCCAGAGGGGCCUCCCAGCUCAGCCCUGAGCAGCCGAGGAGAAGCAGAACAGGGCAGAGGAAGAGGAAGCACACUUUCUUCUGCUCUCCACAGCACUGGGUCAACCAGACAGAAGAAACCAGGGCCAACAGUGGAAGCAGUGAGAUCAGGCUGGGGAGUGAUAGCACUCACACCGUGUCUGAUGACAGACAGAGUGACCAAUAUCCUGACUCCACUGAUUCCCUCCACAGCUACCACUCAAGCUCCUCCUCCACUGUGUGUUAUCACCAUGGUGAUUGUUCCAGAGGUCUGGGCUUCAGUCAGGUGGCAAAUCACAAUGAUGCAGUCCAGAUGCUGCAGGCUGAGGUGACCAGACUGAAGGGGAGACUAGAAGGUUGUCUGAGAAAUAAGAAGCCUCUCAGCUCUGCAACAGCAACUCCUUCAGCUCAGGAAAACUACAGCCCCUACUGCACCUCUGCACCUUUCAUCAGCCCUGGGGAACGACAGAGUGAUACAAGUGUGCUGUUGUACAUGUUGCCCCUGUACACAUCUCCUAUCAACAGUACUGGCACACCCUCAGGGGUCAAAGGUCAUGGCAGGUUGAGGACAAGGCCUCCUGACACGGAGCGCUCUUUGAACAUCUCUCUGAACAGAGCCAUCAGAGCAGCUCGAAACAUGAGGCACACCUCUAGCCAUAUGGCUCGCUCUCUGUCUACUGGACUGCAGUACCAGGAGCUGCUGACUCAGUCCUGCAGCUACUAG